AGUGGCAGUGUUGACGGGAUGAAAGCAUAAACUGGGGGAGUCAACAUGUCCGCCGCUGCUGCUGCUGCUCAGCUAAACAAUAACGAGGAGCCCGCGCUUCACGGCUCUUGGGUCGAACUGGAGCUAAACGGGAACACGGGCUCCCAGGUGGUGCCGAGUAACCCGCCUGCGGCACCCCCUGCCGACCAGCUCAAUGCAAACGACACCGGCCUGAGUCAAACUCUGCAGAGUUUGGAGGUGGAGCACGGGAGCGAUGAGAACCUGAUCGGAGGACUGGAACACGUGCCGUCGUCGUCCUCCAUCCACAACGGAGACAUGGAGAAGAUUCUUCUGGACGCUCAGCACGAGUCCAGCUCGAGUAACUCCUCCUGUGACAGCCCUCACAGACCUCAAAGUCCACACCAGGAUGAAGGUCAGAUCAUCUUUGACGUGGAGAUGUCCAGUCCAGUCGGCUGUCAGUGGGAGGAAGAGGGUGCAGAGAAGGACAGAGAGGAGGACGUCCUCAUGAACAAAGAGGUCGAUUGGGUCGCUGAUUGGUCCAGCAGACCAGAAAACAUUCCACCAAAGGAGUUCCACUUCAGACAUCCCCGACGCUCGCCGUCUUUCAGUAUGAGAAAGAGUGGAGUCAUGAAGAAAGGAGGAAUCUUCUCCCCUGAAAUCCUCAAAGUCUUCAUCCCCUCUCUCCUCAUCUCACACAUCCUCGCCCUGGGCCUCGGGGUGUACAUCGGGAAGAGGAUCGCCACGGCCUCCAGCAGCUCGUACUGAACAGAGGAAGAAGCAGUGCCUGGAUGUUCUCGUGUCUCCGGCCCUCCUCGUGUCGUCAGGCCUCCUCUCUCUCUGUCUUCAUCCAGUUCUCUUCUAUUGUAGGUGUUAGCUGUAGAAAUGUACACACACAUCAUGUCAUGUGAUUUCACUGCAGCCGUCACCAUCUUGAAUCCAGUAGAUAAGAGAUACUACGUUUAGAGCUGGGUUAAAUGUAGUCGUCCCCUUUUUUCCUCGCUGAAAAUGAGUGAGAUAAGGAUCAUUCUUAACGUUUCUCCUCGUGUUUUGACGCCACGUGAUCCCCGACGCUGCACGUCUCUUCUCGUGUCUCCGUAUGAACCAAACACACGCGCUUCAUAUCCGUGAUACACACUGACUGAAUUGGCUCUGGGAGGAGGGGAAGAACAACAGAUAAGCCUUAUAACUUUUUCAGCGUAACAUUUGAGGUGAAGUUAAUUGGGGGAGGGAAUGUUGCACAAGUGGGGUUCAUUUUU